GCAGCCCCGGCACCCCGGAGCCGGAGCUCGAGCCGAGGAGCUGGCGCUCGCAGCCGCGUCCCCAACCCCGCCACCGCCCGCGCGGAGCCCAGGCGAGAGGCGGCGCAGUCCACACGGCUCCCGGCUCCGCUCUGCCCGCGCCCGGCCACCUCCGCCGCCCGCGCCCCAUCCGGCACCUCCAGCCCCACGCCCCUCGCUGGGGCUCCGGCGCCCCCCAUCCCACCGCCCCUACUCCUUGCCCGCCGCCACGCGCCCCUCUUCCUGCGCCCCUCUCCAUAGCUCCUCACGCCUCCCCUGCUGCCCUCUGCUCGCGCCCCUCUCUGCUUCUCCCCGCUGAGCCCUAGCACCCUGGGCACCUUGCCCCUCACCGCUGGGCCCCCAACCUCCUCGGUUUGCUGCCCGAACCCCUCCUCUCCGCGCUCCCCGCCCCCUUUCCUCUCUCACUUCCCACGCCCCCUCGCUGCGCUCCCCUAUUCUCCCCUAGCUGCCCGGCCCCCGGGCAUCAGAGUUAGGAGAGAGCCUGGGCUCCAGUCGCUCCGGAGGAGGCGCGAAUCGCGCGCGGGGUAGACUAAUUUGGGGUGUGGGGCGCAGUGGGCGAUGGAGCAGCCCGAGGACAUGGCGUCGCUGAGCGAGUUCGACUCCUUGGCCGGCAGCAUCCCGGCCACCAAGGUGGAGAUCACCGUCUCCUGCAGGAACCUUUUGGACAAAGACAUGUUUUCCAAGUCUGACCCACUGUGCGUCAUGUAUACACAAGGAAUGGAGAACAAGCAAUGGAGGGAGUUCGGCCGCACCGAAGUCAUCGACAACACGCUGAACCCCGACUUUGUGCGCAAGUUCAUUGUGGAUUACUUCUUCGAGGAGAAGCAGAACCUCCGAUUCGACCUGUACGAUGUGGACUCCAAGAGCCCAGACUUAUCCAAACACGAUUUCCUGGGCCAGGCGUUCUGCACCCUUGGAGAGAUUGUGGGGUCCCCUGGGAGCCGCCUGGAGAAGUCCCUCACGGCCCAUGAGAGUAGGAUAGGAGCCUUCAGCCUGAAUUCCAGGACAGGCAAGCCCAUGCCAGCUGUGUCCAACGGCGGUGUCCCCGGAAAGAAGUGUGGCACCAUUGUCCUGUCCGCUGAGGAGCUCAGCAACUGCAGGGACGUCGCGACGAUGCAAUUCUGUGCCAACAAGCUGGACAAGAAAGAUUUCUUCGGGAAAUCCGACCCUUUCUUGGUGUUUUACAGGAGCAACGAGGAUGGAACGACCAUCAAGGUGGAGGUGUACGACUGGGAUCGAGACGGCAGCCAUGAUUUCAUUGGAGAAUUCACCACCAGCUACCGGGAGCUGGCCCGUGGGCAGAGCCAGUUCAACAUCUAUGAGUAUGGAGAUGAAAUGUCGCCACCGUGCAUCUCAGGAGCUUUCCGGCUGUACUGCUAA